AUGAAACUAUCAAUCACCGUAUUAUCAUCGAUCCUGGCCAUCUGCUCAGUUACUACAGCUAGUCCAGUCAAUCCCAAUUUGACCAUGGGUGCUGGGGCUGAUGCUUCGACAGCCUCUCCAAGCGCGGCUCAAACUCGUGGACCCAACUAUGCAAGUCUUUCUGGCCCAUAUGAUCUUAAGAAAUAUUGCGGUCCAUUCGAUGCUACUGAAGUGUCGUUGAUCAGUGACAUUGCAGAAAAUCAGGCUAGAAUCAAAAAAAUGUUCAGCAAAUUUGACAACCUACGUCGUCAGGUUUUUGCUCAAAAAAUGAUGAUUAUGAAAAUCGGACAAAAAAACGAAGCUCUAUAUCAAGCUUCCAGAGGGGAAUUUGGUAGUGCUGAAACCAGGCUUGAGAUUCAUCGUGGCGCUCUUAGUCAGCUCAAAAAUAAGCUAAAGAAACUCCGUGAGAAAAGUUUGGAUAUGACUGAAAAAGAUAAGACUUGGAAGAAAAGGCUUACAAGGCAUUUGUUUGGAUCACAAGAAAAUGAUGGUAUCCCACUGGAAACAGUUUUCGGAUAUGACGAAUGCUUCAAUUAUUUCCACAGUCGUUUUUUUCAUACAGUACAAUAA